CGAAGUUAUCCACGAUCUAAUCUUCAAGAGUAAAGUCGGGCUGACAAAUGCCCCACGUGACGCUCGCCCGCAAGCCAUUGACAGGCCGUUAGACCUGUCAGAACAAUAAAUACUCCAUAUACUAUCUAAAAAUCAAGAGCCAUGGAUAUUAAUACAAGUAAAAGUCCCCAAGUGGUUAGUGAUGAUGGCAUCAAAGAUCACACCAAUCUUAGCGACCGCUUAUCACGCAGAGCCAAGAAAGCCCGGCCACGUAUUAGUGCAGCCUGCGUGCGUUGCCAACGGCGUAAGAUCCGGUGCGAUAACCAUCUACCGUCCUGCUCGGGAUGCCAGAGAGCUGGUGUUCAAUGUAUAGACGGCGGCACUGCUCGUGAUAUCCCACGCAACUACGUCAGCGACUUACAAAAGCGUGUUGCUUGGCUCGAGUCCAUUAUUCAAGAGAGGUUACCAGAUGUAGACCUCAAUGAUGGGCCAGAUCAUACGCCGAGGAACCAGCACCGGGAUAGCGGCGUUGCGCAACAAGACGCAGCAAAGACCUGCACAGAACAAAUUACAGAGCAGCUGGGCUUAAUAUCGGUUUCUGCAGGAAGCGACCUCCGCUAUUUUGGACCUUCUAGCGGCCUCUUCUUCACUAAAUUUGUCCUGACUGGGUUGUCGCAGGCUGCUGGAGUCGAGGCGUCAAAGCUGCCAGAAACUGGCUCACAGCCAUACGAUGAUGUGUCUUUUAUAAAUGGUCUAAUUGCACCUCAACCACAACAGCUACCAGCUGAUUUAAGACAUGCGCAGUUCCUUUCGCAAGCAUACUUUGACUCGGUGCACUUGCAGCACCCGUUCCUGCAUCAACCUACGUACAUGGAGAGCUUGAAGAAACUAUAUACAGAUACUACUGCGGAUGCAGGGGAAGAGUUUCAUGUUUUUGCCGUCCUCGCUAUUGGUGCGACGGUCCUAGCUCGUCGCUAUAGAAGACACUUCUCAGCGGAAGGCUUUUUUGCAUCAGCAAUGCAACGCCUGGAAACCGUCUUCAAGGUAACCUCCGUUGCAGGGAUUCAAUCCAUUUUACUUAUGGAGAUGUAUGCGAUGCGCAAUUCAUCCUCCGGCCUCAAUAUCUGGAGUUUACAUCAACACUCCAUCGCCACUCUAAUAGAGAUAGGCAUCCACCGCGAUAUACCAAUUACAUCUGGGUUCACGGCUCUUGAGCUUGAGAUGCGUACAAGAGUCUUUUGGUCCGUAUAUAGCAUGGACCGACUCAUAUCCACGACUAUGGGUAGACCUCUGGCAUUAAUGGACGAACAGUGUGACCUAAGACUGCCAAAAGAUGUCAACGACGAAGCCCUAACAACAACAGACAGUGGGCUGCCAACACCACCUUCGACGGAACCCACCAGCAUGUCUACUGCUAUACAUCUCUUCAAACUUGCGAAAUUCGUUUCAGAGGUCAAGUGCUCAGCAUAUUGUGUCGACCGCGAGUUUCCGCCCUACAUGUCGCCAGCCAUCAACGACAAGCGCGCAUGGCAAAGGAGCAUCUUGGAGCGCUUGGGGCAAUGGAGAAACGCGAUUCCUCAAUACCCACCUAGCGAUUCAAGGCAAUAUUUGGCACAGCUUUGCGAGAUUCGAUACCACGAGCUUCGCAUGUUAAUCCUUCGGCCAAGUCCGCUGUUUCCUCAGCCUACCAAAGCAGCAAUUCGCGAUUGUUUUGCCAGUGCUAUUGACUGCAGCAAACUGUAUACGAAAUUGAAUCGCGAGAAGCAACUAGAGUACGGUUGGCAAUCAGUCCACUCCCUUUUUCUCGGCACCAUCACCAUGUUUUAUUGCGUCUGGACGCCCAACAGCGUGGCGGAUGAUACCGACUUUAAUUUUGACUGUCUAAACGACGCUCUGAAAUCUGCAUCCGACAUUCUUAGCGCAACGGGGGAAUACUGGCCGGAUGCAAACAGAAGCCGCGAUAUUCUGGACGGUAUUUUCAAAGCUACAUGGCGAUACUUUUCUCGCAGGCAGACUGGCGUCUCUCCUCCACUGAACGCUCCGCAGUUGCCAUCUGCUAAAUCAGGCGUAGACUAUUCAGACCAUAAGUCUUCAGUACCAGGAGAUCAGUUCGACAAUAUGACUAGUGGUGAUGUCGAUUUUCCGCUGUAUGCGGCUGAGGUUUGGGACUCGUUUAUGAAUACAGACUGGCUGUCCUAUUUCAGCCACAUGGAAGGCACCCAAAUGGAGCAGAUGUGAAGAUGGCCAAGCAAAUCAAAUGUACCACCACAUUAAUCAAUGGGCCAGUAGAAGAUGGAGACAAUAGUGUAUUAAUUUU